AGGUUACCUGACAUAUCAACUUCAUAUGAUCCCUGGUGGGAUCUCAGGGAGGAAAGAUGUUGUAAAACGCCAUUAUUAGACAGUGAAUUAAAAGAUGAACCAAGUUUUGGAGAAACAACUGCAGAAAUAUCACGUUUAUUAAAAUAACAAUAUAUUUAACUCAUGAUUAACUCUCUUAACUGUGCAACAUCCAUUCUGUCUGUGCAAUACAAUGGUUCAUAUGCAACCCACUCUCUUCAUAUGUUUCUAUAUUUUAUUUAUAUCUCCACACACUUAAGUAUUGGAUGUUACUUAUUAUUACUUACUCUAUUUUUGACUCUAGCUGCUAUUCUAUUGCAAAUUUCACCAUGGUGGGACUAAUAAAGGAUUAUCUUACCUAUUGAUAGAUUUAUGGACAUGACACACUACUCCAUGACACUGUUGUACUCCAUUACAUUGGCAGAACAAAUUCUUUACUUACUGUCAGUGGGGUAUACUUGUCUAACUAGGCUACGUUUUCCAUCACUAUAAAUAAACGUAGGGAUUGGUCGCCCACAGUACGAUUUUCUCAUACAUUGUUGUUUUUAAAAAUGAAAUAUAAAUAACAUCUGGUAAAUAUAAAUAAAUAGUAAAAACUAAGUGAGAUUUACAAAUCUACUGUCGGCCCUGAAUGCAUCACUUCCACACUGACCAUCAACAUUUAUUUGGCUGGGAAGAGCGCCCUCAAGCGGAUAAACGGUGAGUUGCAGGAGCGCAGAUGUUUUUUUUAUUGUGCGGACAUGAAAUGAGCAACAACUGUUUACAACAGCGAACACGUGGAGCAUGACCGGAAGAGAAACUGUGGUGGUUACAGGGUUUGGACCUUUCAGACAGUUCCUGGUGAACCCGAGCUGGAGAGCAGCUCAGGGGUUGGAGUCGGUUGGACUGGGAGAGCAGGUGGAUGUUUCCAUCAAGGAGCUCCCAGUGAGUUAUGUGAAGACUCAGCAAAUCAUCGCUGAGAUUUGGAAAACUCUUAAACCAAAGUUUGUGAUACAUCUGGGCAUAGCCAGAGGUUCCAGUGUCGUCAUGGUGGAGCAAACGGGGAAGAACCGAGGCUACAGAGACAAAGACGUGUGUGGAUUCUGUCCUGAGAGACACUGCUGCAUGGAGACAGGACCAGAGAGACUCUGCUCAGUCGUCAACAUGAGGGCUGUUUCCAAACAGUUCCAGAAAGCAGGGAUAGAUGUCAUUUACUCUGGAGAUGCUGGCAGGUACCUGUGUGAUUUUGCUUAUUACUGCUCUCUGUACCACGGGCAGGGGAGAGCAGCCCUCAUCCACCUACCCACAUCUGGCAGCCUGGCCUCAGCCGACACUCUGGUACCUCUGCUGCAGACCCUCAUUCAGACCAUGCUCGCUCAGCAUGUUCAGUCACAGCAUGAAGGGAGGAUGACGGCUGAUUCUGCAGCAGACACACUCAAGUACAGUUUAACUUCUAGGAAAGAUAUUUAACAGAAAACAAACAGAAACCAUGUCACUGAAUGAAGAAAUCAGAGGGAACUAUGGCACUGAGGAGAAUGUUUACCUCCGCCGAGGCCCUACAGCCAACUUAUAAAACCACUUUUAACUCACUAGAUCCAGGUUUUUAUUUGGAUCUGCACCAAAUUGUACACACUCAUAAAAACCAGUCCCCUAAACAUCCCUGAUCUUAUUCAUCAAGAUCCAAAUCAACCAUAAUGUUCACAAACGCCUUAUACCUCAAUGUUAAAGAAAGUAAAAAAUAUUCCUGGAUCCAGAACUAAAUUUAACGUAUUCUUCUCUGACUCAUAUCGCAUCCCUCCACCAAGUUUCAUGGAAAUCCGUCCAGCAAUCUUUUGCGUAAUCUUGCUGAAAAACAAACAAACAGACAUAAUGGACAUGGACAACCUCCCUGGUGGAGGAGAUUGAGUAGAACAGGCUUUCAUAGUUCUCAUUCAUUUAUUUAUUCAAAAUUUCAGAGAGAAAAAAAGAAAAUACAAGAAGUUGUCAGAUACACAUUUGGAGACGGCACGUCAGAAAAAAUACCAUCUCAGCUAUAGGUGUGAAAAAACUUUUUGAGGCCUCAGAUACAGAGUUUGAAAGAAGACAGAAGAGUCUAGUGAAGGUUUUUUUUUUUUUUUUUGAUUAUUUCUUUCUCCAAUCAGGUAAUGAACACACAGAUUUUUUCUUUUUGUGAAAAGUUAUUAUAAUAAAAUGAUAUUAGUGAAACCAAGGCCCCCUCAGAAGGAAUGCAAAUCAUAAAAAGAGAGGCAUGAUAAUGUUAAACCUCAAACUUAUUAUUGCAGUUUGUUUCAAUGCACUGACGCAUCCUCCAUAAACCUGAGGUUUGCAUGAAGAACAUUCUGAAGAAUUGAAAUUAAAGAUGUUUUCUAGCUAGUGACGGUUUAUAUUUACACUGGAAAUCUGCAAACAAGCGACUAGUGUCAAGCUGUUAUCUUCCAUGUUUCUUUUAUUUUCUACUCAUGUUGUUUACCAUGUCUACCCGUAAUCUAUGCAAAACAUCCCUGUCCUACUCUUCGUCCACGUGUUUUAUUUUAAAACGCUGUAUAGUAUGUGACAGGUUUGUGAUCUAGCCAGUAAUCCACCUAACAACAGGUUGAUGUAAUGUCUACUCUCAGAAUUUGAAAAGAUGAAAUAUAUAAGAAGUAUUCAUAUUUUACCCAUCGCUUACUGUACACCCAAACCGGAAAAACAGAAACUAAAUAAACGCACAGAUAUGUUCAGUAACU